CGAAACAAUUGUUCAAAAUAUGCUCUCGUGACCCUCACCCUCCCUUCUCCCUCCCUUACUCCACUGUCUCUCUCUCUCUCUCUCUCUCUCUCUCUCUCAUGAGUCCAUGAUUGACGACCGGCGCCGUCGGAGAUCUCAAGUUUACUUCCGGCGAAUGGGACUCCCUUUGAGUGAAUAAGCUAUCUGUGAUGGAAGAAUUGGUAGAUUGUUCAUGAUUCAUCUUAAGCCUCAAAGGGGUUUUGAGGACCAGAAGAGUUUCAGUUGUGAAAGUGAGGUAGAACAAUUUGAGAUAGCUCGGGCUAUUUUUUUUGGUGCAAAGACAUCUGAUAUGCCACCAGUUAUGGCACAAAGUUUUAGAGCAGGCAGAUCUUCAUUCACCUCUAGUAAUGGAUAUGAAUCUCCUCCUCUCAACUCUGCUGUUGUUUCGAAUGGGGAUGAUUAUGACAGUGAUGGUUCCAAUUUUGCACCACCUACACCGUCAACAAUGGCUAUUCCAGCAGAACUUGCUGGUGCUAUACCCUUGAUUGAUAAAUUCCAGGUGGAGGGCUUUCUAAGGGCAAUGCAAAAGCAGAUUCACUCUGCUGGAAAACGUAGUUUUUUUUCUAAAAAAUCCGUGGGUCCCCAAGUGCGAGAAAAAUUCACAUUUGAGGAUAUGUUAUGUUUCCAAAAGGAUCCUAUUCCAACAUCAAUACUAAAGAUAAAUAGUGAUCUUGUAAGUCGGGCGGUAAAACUGUUCCAGACUAUUUUGAAGUAUAUGGGUGUUGAUUCUUCUGAUCGAGUGACUCCAAGCAGCUUAGAGGAACGUAUUGACCUUGUUGGGAAACUAUAUAAGCAGGCUUUGAAGCGUUCUGAGCUUCGAGAUGAACUUUUUGUUCAAAUUUCAAAGCAGACAAGGAAUAAUCCAGAUAGGCAAUAUUUAAUUCGAGCAUGGGAGUUAAUGUAUCUAUGUGCAUCCUGCAUGCCUCCCAGCAAGGAUGUUGGUGGAUAUUUAUCAGAAUAUGUUCAUAAUGUUGCACACGGUGUGAAUAUUGAUGCAGAUAUUCAAGUCCUUGCAUUAAACACACUAAAUGCAUUGAAGCAUUCUGUUAAGGCUGGACCUAGGCAUACGAUACCUGGUCGAGAAGAGAUUGAAGCUAUUUUGAUUGGUAAAAAGCUGACAACUAUAGUGUUUUUCUUGGAUGAAACUUUUGAAGAAAUUACAUAUAGCAUGGCAACAAUUGUAGCUGAUGCUGUUGAGGAGCUUGCAGGGAUUAUUAAAUUGUCGGCAUAUUCUAGCUUCAGUCUGUUUGAGUGCCGGAAGGUUGUUGCUGGUUCUAAAUCACCUGAUCUUGGAAAUGAGGAGUAUAUUGGGUUGGAUGAUAACAAAUACAUUGGGGAUCUGCUAGCUGAAUUUAAGGCAGCAAAGGACCGAAGUAAAGGAGAAAUCUUGCACUGCAAGUUGACAUUUAAAAAAAAGUUAUUUCGGGAGUCAGAUGAAGCUAUAGGAGAACCAAUGUUUGUACAGUUAUCUUAUGUUCAAUUACAACAUGAUUAUAUAUUGGGCAAUUAUCCAGUUGGAAGAGAUGAUGCUGCACAACUGUCUGCACUGCAAAUUUUGGUUGAAAUUGGAUUUAUUGUUAGCCCUGAAUCAUGCACUGACUGGACAUCACUUCUGGAGCGUUUUUUACCAAGACAGAUUGCAAUAACUCGAGCAAAGAGGGAAUGGGAGUGGGAUAUUCUUUCUCGGUAUCGUUCAAUGGAGAAUCUAACAAAGGAUGAUGCAAGACAGCAAUUUCUGCGGAUCUUGAGAACACUUCCUUAUGGGAAUUCAGUUUUUUUUAGUGUUCGCAAGAUAGAUGAUCCCAUUGGACUUCUGCCUGGGAGGAUUGUUUUGGGGAUUAAUAAACGUGGGGUUCAUUUUUUUCGUCCAGUUCCAAAAGAAUAUCUACAUUCUGCAGAGUUGAGAGAUAUCAUGCAAUUUGGUAGCAGCAAUACUGCUGUAUUUUUCAAAAUGAGAGUUGCUGGGGUCUUACAUAUCUUUCAAUUUGAAACUAAGCAGGGAGAGGAAAUCUGUGUUGCCCUUCAAACGCAUAUAAAUGAUGUCAUGUUACGUCGUUACUCUAAAGCAAGGUCUGCUGCUAGUGGGUCAAUAAAUGGAGAUCUGGCUAAUAAUUAUAGGCCUCCUAGUGGGGAUGUUAAUGAGAAACGCGUCGAGGAUUUGUCCAAAGCUCUUGAAGAAUCACAAAAGAAUUCUAAUCAAUUAUUGGAAGAACUAAAUGAGAAACAAAAGCACGAAGCGAGGUUGCAAGAAGAACUAGAGGGCUUGAAAGAUUUUUUGAGAUCUGAGAAGCAAAACUUGAUGGAAGUUACUUGUGACCGUGACCAACUCAGAUCUUUGUGUGAUAAAAAAGAUUCGUCACUUCAGGCUGCUUUGUUGGAUAAACGGAGCAUGGAAGCAAGUCUGGCAAAACUUAGUAAUCUAGGAUUGGAGAGUAAUGCCAAGAAGGAGCUGGUUGAAGCAAAUAAUCAGGUGUUGCAAAAGAUCCAAGAUGAAUUAAAAAUACGCAGUGCAGAGUUGCAUGCAACAGAAGAAACUGCGAAAAGACUGGUAAAUGAAAAACAAUUAUUGGAAGAGAGAAUCGUGAGGCUUGAAAAGAAGAAAGUUGAGGAGAUCGAAGUUCUUGAGAAAAACAUUGAACACGAACGAAAGGCCAUGCGGCUCCGAGUUGCUGAACUUGAAAAGAAGCUGGAAGUGGUUACACGAGAUUUGGCUGUGACUGAGUCGAGUCUUGCAGUUAAAGAUACACAACUUACCACUUUGCAAAAUAAUUUGAAGGAACUUGAGGAAUUAAGAGAAAUGAAAGAGGACAUUGACAGAAAGAAUGAACAAACUGCUUCACUCUUGAAGAUGCAAGGUGCUCAAUUGGCUGAGUUGGAAGCACUUUACAAGGAAGAACAAGUUUUGAGGAAACGCUAUUUUAAUACUAUAGAAGAUAUGAAAGGCAAGAUUAGGGUCUUCUGUCGAUUAAGGCCUCUUAGUGAAAAAGAAAUUGCUGAAAAAGAAAGAAAUGUGCUUACAAGUUUGGAUGAGUUCACAGUUGAACAUCAAUGGAGAGAUGAAAUAAAGCAACAUUUAUAUGAUCGUGUUUUUGAUGGCAAAGCCACCCAAGAGGAUGUAUUUGAGGACACAAAGUAUUUGGUGCAAUCUGCCGUCGAUGGAUAUAAUGUGUGCAUAUUUGCAUAUGGCCAAACUGGUUCUGGAAAGACUUUUACAAUUUAUGGCUCUGAGAACAAUCCUGGACUUACACCGCUAGCUACUUAUGAACUUUUUAAAAUCCUGAAGCGUGACACAAACAAGCUCUCAUUCUCCUUAAAGGCAUAUAUUGUGGAGUUAUAUCAAGAUACACUGGUUGAUCUUUUACUACCGAAGAAUGCAAAGCGUACAAAACUUGAAAUAAAAAAGGAUUCAAAGGGCAUGGUUUCUAUUGAAAAUGUCACAGUCGUGUCUGUUACAACUUAUGAGGAACUGAAAAACAUCAUUCUUGGCGGAUCUGAACGCCGUCAUACAACUGGAACUCUAAUGAAUGAACAGAGUUCAAGAUCUCAUUUGAUACUAUCCAUUGUUAUUGAGAGUACAAACCUUCAAACUCAAUCUAUUGCCAGGGGAAAGCUAAGUUUUGUGGAUCUUGCUGGUUCUGAGAGAGUAAAAAAGUCAGGCUCUUCUGGUAGUCAGCUCAAAGAAGCUCAAAGCAUCAAUAAGUCACUCUCAGCACUUGGAGAUGUUAUUGGUGCUUUAUCUUCUGGCAAUCAGCACAUACCCUACAGGAAUCACAAGUUGACUAUGUUAAUGAGUGAUUCACUUGGUGGGAAUGCUAAAACACUAAUGUUUGUGAACAUAUCUCCGGCUGAGUCAAACUUGGACGAAACCUACAAUUCUCUAACGUACGCGUCAAGAGUCCGAUCAAUUGUGAAUGACCCAAGUAAAAAUGUGUCAUCAAAAGAAGUGGCCCGAUUGAAGAAGUUGGUGGCAUAUUGGAAAGAACAAGCAGGUAGGAAAGGGGAGGAUGAAGAUUUAGAAGAAAUUCAAGAGGAACAAUCAACUAGAGAUAAACCAGAUGGACGCCAUUCCAUGUGAAGUUCAUAUAUAUAUGUAGACAAUGAUUUGUUGAAGUUGAGAAAAUCUUGCUGAUUACUGAUUUGGAGGCAAUUCUUUGAAGGCUUUGGCAACCUGACCUUUGUAUUCGUAUCAACGACUCGUUGAAUUACUAAUGUAUUUUUUUGGUUGAAAUUUUGCCAAGGUCUAAGGUCGGGGGUUAUACGAGGGGUUAAGAGUUUGUUUUUAAAUCAGAGUUGUAAGUAGUGAUAUGUAUAUAUUUUAUAUAUUUUUAUUUUACCCUUGAGUG